CUCUUACCUCCUUGAUGUGAGGCACUAUUUGUGGCCGGCGUGGUGGAAGGACACAGUGAGGUUCUCACCCCCGCCCCCCGCCCCCAGCUCCCAUCCCCAGUUCCAUCAAAGCGAACCCGGGCCAGCGCAAGGAUCUCCGAGUUGCGAGUGUGCUGAGGCUGGGACUGUCACUCAUUCUCCGAUCAGCGCGUGAACGCAUCUCGGCAGCGGCUGGCAGGAAACAAUUCUGCAAAAAUAAUCGUACUCAGCCUGGCAAUUGUCUGCCCCUAGGUCUGUUGCUCUGCCGCCGUCCACACUCGCUGCAAGGGGGGGCAGAGAAUUUACCGCGGCAAGAACAUCCCUCCCGGCCAGCAGAUUACAAUGCUGCAAACUAAGAAUCUCAUCUGGACUUUGUUUUUCCUGGGAACUGCAGUUUCUCUGCAAGUGGAUAUUGUUCCCAGCCAAGGGGAAAUCAGCGUGGGAGAGUCUAAAUUCUUCCUUUGCCAAGUGGCCGGAGAUGCCAAAGAUAAAGACAUCUCCUGGUUCUCCCCCAACGGAGAGAAGCUCACCCCAAACCAGCAGCGGAUCUCGGUGGUAUGGAACGAUGACUCCUCUUCCACCCUCACCAUCUACAAUGCCAACAUCGAUGAUGCCGGCAUCUACAAGUGCGUGGUCACCGCGGAGGAUGGCACCGAGUCAGAGGCCACAGUCAACGUGAAGAUCUUCCAGAAGCUCAUGUUCAAGAACGCGCCAACCCCACAGGAGUUCAGGGAGGGAGAAGAUGCCGUGAUCGUGUGUGAUGUGGUCAGCUCCCUCCCCCCAACCAUCAUCUGGAAGCACAAAGGCCGAGAUGUCAUCCUGAAAAAAGAUGUCCGAUUCAUAGUCCUGGCCAACAACUACCUCCAGAUCCGGGGCAUCAGGAAAACAGAUGAAGGCACUUACCGCUGUGAGGGCAGGAUCCUGGCCCGCGGGGAGGUCAACUUCAAGGACAUUCAGGUCAUCGUGAACGUGCCGCCCACUGUCCAGGCCAGACAGAGCAUAGUGAAUGCCACCGCCAACCUCGGCCAGUCCGUCACCCUCGUGUGCAACGCCGAAGGCUUCCCAGAGCCCACCAUGAGCUGGACAAAGGACGGGGAGCAGAUAGAGAAUGAGGAGGACGAGAAGUACCUGUUCAGCGACGACAGCUCCGAGCUGACCAUCAGGAGGGUGGACAAGAGCGACGAGGCCGAGUACGUCUGCAUUGCCGAGAACAAGGCGGGCGAGCAGGACGCGUCCAUCCACCUCAAGGUCUUCGCAAAACCCAAAAUCACCUACGUAGAGAACCAGACUGCCAUGGAACUGGAGGAACAGGUCACUCUUACCUGUGAAGCCUCAGGAGACCCCAUUCCCUCAAUCACCUGGAGAACGUCCACCCGAAACAUCAGCAGCGAAGAAAAGACCCUGGACGGGCACAUGGUGGUGCGCAGCCACGCCCGCGUGUCGUCCCUGACGCUGAAGAGCAUCCAGUACACCGACGCCGGGGAAUACGUCUGCACUGCCAGCAACACCAUCGGCCAGGACUCCCAGUCCAUGUACCUCGAAGUGCAAUAUGCCCCCAAGCUGCAGGGCCCUGUGGCUGUGUACACUUGGGAGGGGAACCAGGUGAACAUCACCUGCGAGGUGUUUGCCUACCCCAGUGCCACUAUCUCAUGGUUCCGAGAUGGUCAGCUGCUGCCCAGCUCCAACUACAGCAACAUCAAGAUCUACAACACCCCAUCGGCCAGCUACCUGGAGGUGACCCCAGACUCUGAAAAUGAUUUUGGAAACUACAACUGUACCGCAGUGAACCGCAUCGGACAGGAGUCUUUGGAAUUCAUCCUUGUCCAAGCAGACACCCCAUCCUCACCGUCCAUCGACCAGGUGGAGCCAUACUCUAGCACAGCACAGGUGCAGUUUGAUGAGCCAGAGGCCACAGGCGGGGUGCCCAUCCUCAAAUACAAAGCUGAGUGGAGAGCGAUGGGCGAGGAGGUGUGGCACUCCAGGUGGUACGAUGCCAAGGAAGCCAGCCUGGAGGGCAUCGUCACCAUCGUGGGCCUCAAGCCUGAGACGACGUACGCAGUCCGGCUGGCAGCCCUCAACGGCAAGGGCCUGGGCGAGAUCAGCGCCGCCUCCGAGUUCAAGACGCAGCCAGUCCAUAGCCCUCUUCCACCGGCUCCUGCUAGCUCUUCCACCCCUGUUCCGUUGUCUCAUCUGGAUACAACCUGGCCUCUUCCUGCUGUUACAACCACCGAAGCAUCUAAAGGGGAACCCAGCGCACCUAAGCUCGAAGGGCAGAUGGGAGAGGAUGGAAACUCUAUUAAGGUGAAGGUGAUCAAGCAAGACGACGGCGGCUCCCCCAUCCGACACUACCUGGUCAAAUACCGAGCGCUCUCCUCCGAGUGGAAACCAGAGAUCAGGCUCCCAUCUGGCAGUGACCACAUCAUGCUCAAGUCCCUGGACUGGAAUGCUGAGUACGAGGUCUAUGUGGUGGCCGAGAACCAGCAGGGCAAGUCCAAGGCGGCGCACUUUGUGUUCAGGACCUCGGCCCAGCCCACAGCCAUCCCAGCGACCUUGGGAGGCUCCUCCGCAUCCUACACCUUUGUCUCAUUGCUUUUCUCUGCAGUGACUCUUCUCUUGCUCUGUUAGGAACUUGAACACACACACACGAAAAUUUAAAUUUGCUUAAAAGCCCAGUUCCUAUGAGAAUGAUCAGUGCCCCCCUCCUUUGGAAGAAUCUAUCAGGACUGCCACGGCCACGCCAACAAGCUCUCUGUGGAAGAGGAAGGUUUGGCGGUUGGAAACAAGCUGGACCUCCAGACAUGUUAUUCCCACCCACAGAUAACGUUUGCGCCACUUCCUACGAAGUUUGCCCCUUUUUUUCGCAGAGUAUAAAAAUGUUGGGAGCUCUUUUCUUUAGACCCUGUAUAUAUAUAAAAACCAUUACGCUAGGCUUUUACACGUAAAAACCUUGUCUGUAAAAACCUACAGACGAGUCUUUACAUGGCUGCUACUGGUCGCAUUUUUGGUUCUUAACUGAAGAUGAUGUAGCAGAGGAAGGUUUCUAGGUGCCCUCUAAAGCUCGCAUCAGAUAGUUAAAGCCACCCGCGUCCCCACUCUAACCCCGUGCGCCUCCUCUGCCCUGCAGUAAGUAGUUGGCUUUGCUUGCAUUCAGUGCCCAUGGUAAGCCCACUGCAAUCCACCAGAGCAUUUUGCUGGCCAGAUGGGCCAUGUUGUCCAGACAGCAGAAGAACUCCGAUUUAAUCAGGUAUUUUCUGGGGCUGAUCCCACAUUCUGGGAGGCACUUUGGUCCUGGUAGUAUAACCAGCACCAGGCGCUGUUUAGGAUGUGCCCAACACCUGUGGGCUCUGGAAGGUCGUGUCUCCCAUUCGGGGUGACUCCUGCUGCCUGGCUAAAGAUCAGCCAUGGACCUCGUGUCUCAGUGGAUGUGGUCCAACUGUGACCCACCCUAUUGCCUGAGUGGCAGUCCCCCAGGUCGGAAGCAUCUGCUUUAAGCCUGGCCUGAGUCACAACCCCUCCCCACACACGCUCAGCGGAGCCGAAGGUGGGGCGAAUCCUGAGCGUCGAUGAAUCAGAACUCAGCCAGCCUGCCCCAUUUCCAGAGUGUCCCUAACCUGAGCCCCACAGCCACCCCAUCAGCCAGCCGGUCCCAUUUCCAGAGUGUCCCUAAGCCCACCCCCCGCCACCACCACAUCUGUCAGUGGCUUCAGUGACGUGUUUCAAAUUUUGGUGGAAGCCAGCUGCUCCUCUGUUGUUGGGGGUACACCCCAUCCCACGAGAGGAAGUGGGAUGUGUUCGUUACAGUCCCCGUGGAGAUUCCUGUUCAGUAGCAUCAGUGUCUGUGCUCAGGGGUCCUUCUUGUGGUCGCAUACCAUUCCACAUGUCUCAUCUCUGAGCAUCUCCACAGAAGUUUGAUAUUUGUUCUGUUUGGUUCCUUCAUUUUUAAGUUCUGUUGUUGUUUUUUAACGUUCGGAGACUAGCCUUUCCCUUUGGGAAACCAACUGUGAUCCUAUGAUCUUCGGGGUGACGCUGCCCAAGUCGCUGGGCACAAACAGUCCUGUGUCCUCGGCACUGGCGGUUUAGAGGGUCACGUGCAGACACCGGAGGGUCCACGCUGCCCAUCAGUGAGGCCGGGCAGUGCCUCUCGCCCCAGCCCCAUCGGCCUGCAGCCCCGCCACAAACCUCUCUCCCCGAGGUCCUCCCCCUCCAGCCCCACCGGGGCAGCAGGAGCAGACACGGCUCUUAGACACAAGGAGAGGAUUGCAGAGGCACACAUGCCUCCGGGCCCAGCGUAGAACCCCAGCACCAUCCCGAGGGCAAAGGAGGACGAGAUGGUCCUCGCACAGUGACCCAUCGCUGGGUCCCCCUCUUGAUAUCAUCUUGGGCGGAAGUCACAUAUUCUCCCAGGAGAGCCCAUCCCAGUCCUAUAGGCGAGGGCCCGAGCCAGUGUUUCUGAAGGGACUGCGGGGGCCCAAAGUAUGGGAAAGCCUGACGUCCAUGAACCUGUCUCCUCAGCUUAUUCUGGGCCAGGCAGACCCCAGCUGGGGUCCUUGCGUUGGACCCAUUCAGACAGGCCCCUCGUUUGUAAGGAAUGCCCUUCGGGGGUGGCACCAUUUGGGCACACCCUCCUCUCAUGGUGGCUGUGGCCCCCAGCCCCUGAGAUGGCUCCCUCUGCAGGAGGGCGCGCACACCACCCCACUCAGCCAUCCCUGCCCUGGCUCAGCGCUGCCCACGUUCCACACGCCACAGGGCUUCUCUGCUCAUUUUUGGAGUAUUUAUACGGCAGGUUUGGAUCAUGUUUUUCUACUAAUAAGAAUGCUAACGUUGUUGUGCAGAUAAUCAGCAAGGCCUUGAUGAAGUUUACACCUUUGCAUUAUUAAAGGAAAUAACAGUUCAUGUGA